CGGGAGCGGCGGCAGACGCGGAUCUCCCACCCCCUCCCUUCUCACGGGCUGUCCCCCUACCCAGUGGUGGUUGCCGCCCGACCCUCUGGCAAGGUGAUGGCCCGGGCCCCUGGCGCGGGCUAACGUGCUUGGGUGCCCGACCAUGGGCUGUAUUGGCUCUCGGAGCCCAGCGGGUCAGGUAUUUCAGAGGACCACCAGCUGGCUGAAGCUCAGGGACAGAGACGGCUGCUCCAGCUAAAAGUGGCCUCGGACCCCGCGUGGGCUGUGGAGUGGAUAGAACUUCCUCGUGGUCUCUCUUUGUCCUCCUUGACAUCUGCUCGAACCCUUCGUGGCUGGAGCCGGUCUUCCCGUCCUUCCUCCGUGGACAGCCAGGACUUGCCAGAGGUGAAUGUUGGAGACACAAUCGCAAUGCUGCCCAAGUCCCGGAGAGCCCUGACCAUCCAGGAGAUCACUGCGCUGGCCCGAUCCUCCCUGCAUGGUAUUUCCCAGGUGGUUAAGGACCAUGUGACCAAACCUACAGCCAUGGCCCAGGGCCGAGUGGCUCAUCUCAUUGAGUGGAAAGGCUGGAGCAAGCCUAGUGACUCACCCGCUGCCCUGGAGUCGGCCUUUUCCUCCUAUUCGGACCUCAGCGAGGGUGAACAAGAGGCUCGCUUUGCAGCAGGAGUGGCGGAGCAGUUUGCUAUUGCAGAAGCUAAGCUCCGGGCUUGGUCUUCAGUGGAUGGUGAUGACUCUACUGAUGACUCCUAUGAUGAGGACUUUACUGGGGGAACUGACACAGACAUGGCUGGGCCUCUGGGGCCCCACCUCCAGGACCUGUUCACAGGCCACCGAUUCUCCAGGCCUGUGCGCCAGGGCUCUGUGGAGCCAGAGAGCGACUGCUCACAGACCGUGUCCCCAGACACCCUGUGCUCUAGUCUGUGCAGCCUGGAGGAUGGGUUGCUGGGCUCCCCGGCCCGACUGACCUCCCAGAUGCUAGGUGAAGAGCUGCUCCUUGCCAAACUGCCCCCAAGCCGGGAAAGUGCCUUCCGCAGCCUGGGUCCAUUGGAAGCCCAGGACUCGCUCUACAAUUCACCCCUCACGGAUUCCUGUCUUUCCCCUACUGAGGAGGAGCCUGACCCUUGCAAGGACUGCCAGCUGCUCUGCCCACUGCCCAUGGGCAGCUGGGAACAGCAAUGGCAAACUUCUGACGUAGCCUCUUCUGGGGUGGUGUCCUUAGAUGAGGAUGAGGUGGAACCUGAGGAACAGUGACCCAAAUCAUGCCUGGUGGUGGCAUGCGUAUCCUGGCUGCUGCUGGGGCAGAGCCUCUGUGCCCGUGUGGGCUCUGCAGCCUAGAGUGCUCCUGGGAGCACUCUCUUCUCCAUUGUGUGUUUUGCAUGAAAGUGUUUGGAGAGGAGGCAGGGCCGGGCUGGGGGCGCAUGUCCUGCUCCCACUCCUGGGGUUUGCUGGGGCUUGCCCGGGGCCCCUGGGGCAUGGCUACAGCUGUGGCCGACAGUGAUGUUCGUGUUCUUAAGUCUCAAAUGCCACAUUUCCUCUAGGGAUGAUGUGAACCUGAGGGGUUGUUCUUACUGGGCUGGGGGGGCAGGGUGGAGGGAGACUGGCUGCCUCCUCCCCCCUUCCCAGAGCUGCUUUCCUCUGCUUCUCAUCUUUGAGUCCUGCGCAGUGCUUGAUAGACCCGCCUCCACCUGGGGGGCUGGCUCCUGCCCUCCCAGAGUCUACGGAUUGAGCUGUCCCCUAAGGGCCCCUCGCCUAGCUGGGCUCUUGCUGUGCUUCACCUCCUCAUCUCUAAAUCUUUUUUUCUUAAAAGUCAGAGGGCUUCUGGUCUGUUCUUUCAGCCGAUCUUCCCUGGGAGACAUUGGGGUGAUGAAAGUGCAUCCUCCAACCUUUUCCUGCCCCGCUCCCCAAGCUUUGGGCCCUUUCCCAGCAUAGCAGGCUUACGCAGAGUCCUGGGUUGGGUGGGACUGGGAAAAGGCAUGACUCUUGUUGCUACAGAGCUGGGACUUCUAUGCUCCUCCAGAAAGGACCACAAGGAUGUCACAGAGGUGGUCAAGAAGCUGUCAGCUGCUGCCUGUUCCUGGCCAGAAUUGUGCCAAUGAGUUGGUAGUCAUGACGGAGAACCUCCCCUUAAGGGAGGAAAGAAGAUAGUGCUUUUCCCAACGGAAGGCCAUAGUUACAGGGCUAGGGCCCUGCACCAGCCAGAGUGUUAAUGACCAGGUAGCAGAGGCCUCUUGCAGAUUCUGCAUUCCUCGGACACUAACUCUAGAGCAGUGGGGAGGGUAGGUGGCUGCAGAAUGAGGAACCUUGUAGGCUUUGGCAGGUAAGAAGAUUCAAGGUAAGAACAAGAGCCAAUGGCACAAGGUUUCUAUAUACGACUGGCUCAUUAAGUGUUUAUUUUAUUCUAUUUAAGAAUUUGUUUUAUUAAAUUAAUAUAAAAAUCUUUGUAAAUCUCUA